AUGUGCAUUGUGUCUGACAACGGAACACCUUUCGUUAACAACAAAGUCAAGGACUUACUAGCGUCCUUCCACAUCAAACGGAAGACAUCUACUCCUUACUAUCCUAAGGGAAAUGGGCAAGCCGAGGCAACUAAUAAAAUUCUACUCCAGAUACUCAGAAGAAACUUAUACAAUAACAAACGCCUAUGGAAUGAGGAGUUACCCAUGGCGCUCUGGGCGUAUCGCACUGCUAAGAGAUCCUCUACCGGAGCCUCACCCUACAGUCUAGUCUACGGAGAAGAUGUUGUUCUUUCAGCAGAGAUUGUCAUUGCGUCAACGCGGGUAAUUGCGGCAAGCGGCCUUCAAGUUGAAGAUAGUAAGAGAUUUCAAGUCCUCGAUACGCUCGAAGAAAAGCGAGACAUAGCAUAUGCUCACGCCGACAAAUAUCGGGAAUGA